UGUGCGCAGGCGCAGUGGGCCUGGCGAAGAUGGCGACCUCCGUGUGGCUGCGCAGGCUGAAGGUGGCGGAGCGGCUGCUGCGGCCCGGCGGCUCCUACCGGAGGAGGAGCGGCGGCGGCGGCUCGGUCGAGGCAGCGUCCGUCGUGGAUGGCAGCGAGGAGCCAGAUUUACCUGAAAAAACUAUGGCAAAGAGUUUCUCAGCAUUGCAAGCAGCAAGGCAUGAACAAGCAGAACGCACAAUUUUGGUUAGCUGUCCUCCCAAUGUCACGGAAAAGAAAUUCUACCAAUACCUAGCAAGCUAUGGAACAAUCAAUAAAUAUUUCUUCUAUGAAACUUUUGGUAUUUAUGCACUGGUGGAGUUCUCUGAUAAAGAAAGUAUAGAAGCAGUCCAAAACUCUUCCACUAUCCCAAGCCUCCAGCAUGAAUGUGCUGUUCCGUUCAAAUCCAGGUUUUUUAAUUUGAGGAAUAAACAUGUUGGAUCGCUGACUUCUACACAUCCUUCUGUGCCACAGCUUAAACAAUCUGUCAUCCCUCCUAAUGAACUCUUACUGAAACUUUCUGGAGCCAAGAGUAUAGAUGAACAAUUAUUCACUGUCCUCAAAGAGAGCCAGCUGACUGAAGAGAAUACACGUCUUCGUUUCCUUGUGUGCUCCCUACUAAAGGAAAUUGCGGCAGCUUACUUUCCAGAAUGUUCAAUUAAACCAUUUGGGUCAUCUGUAAAUAAUUUUGGCAAGAUGGGCUGUGACCUAGACAUGUUUCUGGAUCUGGACAGCAUUUGUGGAAGAAACAACACUAAGACAGGAGGUGCCUUCUCCAUGGAGUACCAAACUAAAAGGGUGGCAUCAGAGCGGGUGGCAACACAAAGCAUCCUUUCCGUGAUAGGGGAAUGCAUUGAUCAGUUUGCCCCAGGAUGUACAGGAAUGCAAAAGAUACUCAAUGCUCGAUGCCCAUUGGUGCGAUUUUCUCAUCAGCCUUCAGGACUUCAAUGUGACCUCACUGCCAAUAAUAGAAUUGCUAUGAGAAGCACAGAACUCCUUUAUGUUUAUUCUAAUAUUGACCCUCGGGUACGGGCCCUGGUGUUUGGCAUUCGAUGUUGGGCUCGUGUUCAGGGUAUCACCAGUAGUAUUCCUGGCGCUUGGAUCACUAAUUUCUCCUUGACCAUGAUGGUUCUUUUCCUGCUGCAGAAGAGAAAUCCACCAAUUAUACCGACACUAGACCAACUAAAAGACCAAGCAGAAGAGAAAGAUAAGCAUAUUAUUGAAAGUCACGACUGCACAUUUGUUUCUGAUAUCAAAAUGAAGCCUUCCCAAAACACAGAGACACUGGAGGAACUCUUACAAGGAUUCUUUGAAUUUUAUGGCUCCUUUGCUUUUAGUAAAAUGUCCAUCAAUAUCAGAAAGGGAAAGGAACAAAAUAAACCUGAAGCAUCACCACUGCACAUCCAGAAUCCAUUUGAACAGGCACAAAAUGUUAGCAAGAAUGUCAAUCAAACCCAACUGGAUAGGUUUGUGACAGCAGCUAGAGAGAGUGCCUGGAUCUUACAGCAGGAAGGUCUAAAAUAUCCAAAGGCCAACCCUUGGGGAUUAGCUGCCCUGCUUCUACCUAACUCUCAGUCCUCGAUGGGAAAGAGCAAAAAGAGGAGGAAACAGCCAGCUAGCGAGAGGAUUAAAAGUUUGUUGGAUUCACUAAAGACAAACAAGCAAACCACUGACCAUUUAAACAGGCCAAAUGGUGUUCGAAAGUUUUUUUCCACUGUUGCACGGUAGCAACCCUUUGUAUAAAUAAAUGGAGUUUGUGUCAGCGGAAACAUUAUUCACUCAAGUGAUGUCAAAUGUGUGAAGACUCUUAAAUUCAUGGAUUUGUACAAGGUGCUUCAGGAAUCAUUGAAUGAAACAUUCAGUUGCCAGUAAGGUUUUAAGUUUCUAAACUAUUGGUCUGAAUUUGUUUUAAUGAACAAUAGUGAAUGAUUUGGAUUUCAUUCUAACUAAUAAUUUGAAGGCACAGUCUUCAAGUGAAGACACAAGAGACUGCAGAUGCUGGAAUCUGGAGCAACAAACAAUCUGCUGGAGGAACUCAGCGAAACGUUGACAAUUCCUUUCCUCCCACAGAUGCUGCUCGACCCGCUGAGUUCCUCCAGCAGAUUAUUUGUAACUUUUCAACAGUAUUGGCUUGGAAUUCAAAAGAUGACCUAAAGAGACCAUUCCUGCAUAUUUUUAUGUGUCCAAGUGAAGUUCACUGCAUAUGCCCAGAUAUUUUAGAAAGCUGCUGAAUCUGCAAGUGUCUUGCAUUGUAAUUUUAAAUUACCUGUGGUGUAUUUUAAAAGAUCACUAACAGUUUACAACCUUUUUAAUCAUGUGUCUUUUGCAUUUGUUCCAUUCCUGUUAGCAUCUGCAUUCAUAAUCUGCACCCAACUGGAUUUCAUAAUCUUCUGAUAUAUUACUUCAGUCCAUUAUAAAUGGCUGACUAGCUCUUCGUAGUUGGAAUCCAUUUCACUCCACUGUGGCAGUACUAAAGCUAAUUUUCCCAGUUUUGCACAAAUCAACUCAAUUCUUUAAGUCCAAGGUAAGCAUUCCAUUAUAAAAUAAAUAAUUGAUUUUUUAAAAUGUUGAGAUGAAUAUUGAAAUAAAUAUCAGGCAGCUUCCAUAUAUACCAACAACUGCCUUGUACGUGAUCAAAUACAGUAAUCACAGACUGAACAAUAUGAUUCAUACCAAGGAAAGUACUUCGCAAUGCAGAUUAAGAAGAAAAUGACUUGCAUUUAUAUAAAUAUUUUUGUGAUCUUAGGAUGUCCCAGUGUUUCUUAGCUAAUGAAACUGAAGUGUAAUCAUUGUAGAGAUGCAGGAGAUUAGGAUCGCAGCUUGUAUGAAGGAAAGAGCAUAUAUUAUUAGAACCUUUUAAAGAAGUUGUUCCAAGUGUUUUGCAGGAGUGUUAUCAGCCAAAAGUCCCUUAAGGUGUUCAGGUAGCAGACCAAAAUCUUGACCAAAGAUAUAAUUUUUAAGGAAAAUCAAGAGAAUGGCAGAUGUUGGAAAUCUGAAAUAAAACAAAAUGCUGGGGGGGAAAUAAAUCAGGUGCAGCAGCAUCUGUGGAAAGAGAAAUGGUUAGAACCUGAAACAUUGACAAUUUCUCUUUCCACAGAUGCUUCCUGAACUGAUUUUCUUCCCCCCAGCAUUUUCUGUUGUUAGUUUCUUAGAGGAGCAGCUUCGAGGAAGAAAAAAGAGAUUUUAAAUUUGUGUGCUUGCUUUCAUGGUCUAACCAUUCCCAAGUGUUUUACAGCCAAUGAAAUGUUUUGAAAUGUACUAACUGUGAUAAUGUGAGAGACAGCAGUCACUGUGUGCACAACAAACUCCUAUACACAACUUGUUAAUAUUAACCAGAUAAUCUUUUGUGAGUUGGGUAGAAGCAUUAGUAAGACUAAGAUAAUUACUCUGCUCUUUGUCAUAGUGCCAUGGGAUCUACCAGUGAGGGCAGUUUGGUUUAAUAUCUCAUUCAAAUGACUGCACCUCCAGUGAUCCACUGCUCCGGUGGUACUCAACUGAAUUAUCUGCUCAGAAUUUUGUGUUCAAGGCUCUUGAAUGGAAUUUCAAUCCACAUUCCUCUGCGAGAAAAGCUAUCUGAGCCAUGAUCAGCAUGCGAUAAUAUUACCUGAAAGAUCACAGCUGAUAAUGUUCCAGUCACAUAAAGAACAGGACGUUAGCAAAAAAUAGCAUAGAUUAAAAGCACCAUGUUUACAGAUACUGACUUCACUGAUUAAAGCAGAAAAUUUACCUAAUUGAAAGAAAAUUGGAUGUCACAGAUCUUAAUAUCUUUAUGGUAAUGACUUUCUGAUUGACAUCUCAAAUAUAUCUCCAAUUUACUAAAACAAAACUUGUAGGAUAGAUAAGCAAGGUGAGAGAGAGGAGGUUUAAAGGUUAUUUGAGGGGCAAAUUUUACACACAAAGUAUAGUUGGUAUCUGGAAUGAGCUGCCAGAGGAGUUGGUGGAGGCAGGAACAGUAUUGGUUUAUUAUUGUCACUUGUACCGAGGUACAGUGAAAAGCUUGUCUUACAAACCGAUCGUACAGGUCAAUUCAUUACACAGUGCAGUUACAUUGAGUUAGUACAGAGUGCAUUGAUGUAGUACAGGUAAAAAUAACAGUACAAAGUGUCACAGCUAUAGAGAAAGUGCAGUGCAAUAAGGUGCAAGGUCACAACAAGGUAGAUCGUGAGGUCAUAGUCCAUCUCACUGUAUAAGGGAACCGUUCAAUAGUCUUAUCACAGUGGGGUAGAAGCUGUUCUUAAGUCUGGUGGUACGUGCCCUCAGGAUCCUGUAUCUUCUACCUGAUGGAAGAGGAGAGAAGAGAGAAUGUCCUGGGUGGGUGGGGUCUUUGAUUAUGCUGGCUGCUUCACCAAGACAACGAGAGGUAAAGACAGAGUCCAAGGAGAGGAGGGCUGGUGUCCAUGUUGCGCUGGGCUGUGUCCACAACUCUCUGCAGCUUCUUGCAGUCUGGAGCAGAGCAGUUGUCGUACCAAGCCGUGAUACAUCCAGAUAGGAUGCUUUCUAUGGUGCAUCAGUAAAAGUCAGUGAGAGUCAAAGGGGACAAACCAAAUUUCUUUAGCCUCCUGAGGAAGUAGAAGCACUGGUGAGCUUUCUUGGCCGUGGCAUCUACGUGAUUUGACCAGGACAGGCUGUUGGUGAUGUUCACUCCCAGGAACACCGCCCCCUUUCCUGAAGUCAAUGACCAGCUCUUUAGUUUUGUUGACAUUGAGGGCAAGGUUGUUGUCAUGGCACCAUUCCACUAAGCUUUCUAUCUCCUUCCUGUACUCCAAUUCAUCGCUGUUUGAGAUACGGCCUACAACGGUGGUAUCAUCUGCAAACUUGUAGAUGGAGCUAGAGCAGAAUCUGGCCACAUAGUCGUGAGUGUAUAGGGAGUAGAGUAGAGGACUGAGGACGCAGCCUUGUGGGGCCCCAGUGUUGAGAAUAAUCGUGUCAGAGGUAUUGCGGCCUAUCCUCACUGAUUGCAGUCUGUUUGUUAGAAAGUCAAGGAUCCAGUUACAGAGGGAGGUGUUGAGUCCUAGGUCUCGGAGUUUGGUGACAAGCUUGCUUGGAAUUAUUAUAUUGAAGGCAGAGCUGUAGUCAAUAAACAAUAGUCUAACGUAUGUGUCUUUACUGUCCAGUUGCUCCAGAGCUGAGUGUAGGGCCAGGGAGAUGGCAUCCGCUGUAGACCUGUUUCACCGAUAAGCGAAUUGCAAUGGGUCCAGGCUGGAGUUGAUGCGUGCCAUGACCAGCCUCUCAAAGCACUUCAUGAUGGUGGAUGUCAGAGCCACUGGUCGGUAGUCAUUGAGGCAUGUUACCUUGCUUUUCUUUGGUACUGGGAUGAUGGUGGUCUUCUUAAAACAAGAGGGAACCUGAGACUGAAGCAGGGAGAGGUUGAAUAUGUCCGCAGAUACAAAUAUGUCCGCAGUAACAAGUUUUAAGAGGCAUCUGGACAGGUACUUGAAUGAUCAAGGCAUAGAGAGAUAUGGAUUUGGGCAGGCACAGUAGUGUAGUGGUUAGCGUAACGCUAUUACAGCACCAGCAACACUGGUUCAAUUCCGGCCACUGUAAGGAGUUUGUAUGUUCUCCUCAUGUCUGCGUGGGUUUCCUCUGGGUGAUCCGGUUUCCUUCCACAUUCCAAAAGACCUGCGGGUUAGGAGCUGUGGGCAUGCUACGUUGGCACCAGAAGAGUAGCAACACUUGCGGGCUGCCCCCAGAACACUCUGUGCAAAAGAUGCAUUUCACUGUGUGUUUCGAUGUACAUGUGACUAAUAAAGAUGUCUUAUAAUGCA